AUGCGUAUCAUAGGGGAGUUUGACGGCCAGGAAAUUGGUGUCUAUGUAUGUUCUGAAGCAGAUGUUCCAAACGCAACCUGCACUUACGAAUCCAAGCUGAUAGGAGGAACCCGCUCUUGUACCUGCCACAGCGACUACCUGGAUGUGCCUCGAGACGUCCUCAGUGUCAACAACACCUGCAUGAAGAACGGCAUUUGGUCGAGACCCUCGAUUCACUGCUCUGGCGACUACGUGAAAGUCUACAGUCCAGUUCUCAGAACCUACACCUUCCAACAGAUACCAGCGAGUAGUUUUAGGAAGGUAACCGGUGGUUCUUCUACCUUGGUCUUUCUAGUAAAGACCUGCCAUGACGCCAACAUUGCCCUACACACUCAUCCUAACAAAACCAACACUGAUGCCUAUGAGAUCGUUGUCGGAGGAUACGCAAACUCUAAAUCCUUUAUUCGUCGUUGUAGGGGGUGUGCACAAAUGGCGCCUUGUUACGAAUCAUUUAUACUUUCCUGCAAUGAGUAUAGACCAUUUUGGCUCAGUUGGAAGAAAGACGUCAUCUCUAUAGGCAAGGGGCAGACUGUUGGACACCAGACGUUUAUGGAAUUGGUACCAAGUAGUCCCAUUGUGAUUAAUCACGUUAGUGUCAGCGCCUACAUUGGGAACCAUGCUUUGUGGCUAUUCCGAGAGCAGUAG